CAGGACUGUGUGUGUAACCUUUAAACCUGACACACAUCACAGCAGCUUUGAAGUGGCCUCCACAGUAACCACAAAGAGCAGAGGGGGAGACCAGAGGUUAAAAGGGAGGCCAGAUGCCACUGACAGAAAUUGGGACCUCGGUUGGACGUAGGCUCACAUAGCCUAGUGUUAGAGUAUAACAUGGAAAGAGGUGGAGUUUCAGCUUGCUGUCUGGGACUAAAAGUGGGAGUCUCUCUGGAGGAGGGGAUGUCAGGGAGGGUGUGCAGCAAUAACAGUGUGAUGCAGGCACGGAGGACUGUGGAACAACUACGAGUGGAGGCAAGCAUGGAGAGGAUCAAGAUCUCCACAGCAGCUGCCCAGCUGGUGCAGUACUGUCAGGAGCACAGUCGCAGUGACCCCCUCCUCACCGGCAUCUCUGCCUCCUCCAACCCCUUCAAAGACAAGAAGACCUGUGUCCUGCUGUAGAAAGGCUGCCCCAGGUCACUGCUCUCUGGUGCUGCAUUCAACAGUGCUUCAUCAUCAACAGUGAAACGUUUUGAUGCCAGGCUACUCCAACAUGUCCUACUUCAUCAUGCCAGACGUGUUGGCUCAAGCAAAAACUGACUGGUUGGUACAGUAUUGGUCAUGCUGUAACUUCAGCAUGUGGCUUGCAGUCCAGAAUGGCUCAAUAACAAAGGAGAGCAAACUGUUUAUAUCUUCUUGACAUUACAGAGGGUACACUGGUAAACAAUGAA